AUUUGAUUUGGACAAAAAAAAAAAAAAAAAAAGGAGACGCACCGAGCAGCCGAGCCAUGGGGGAUUCGAUGUGGAGAUAUUACUUGGGAGUUGUCUUUCUGGCCUUCGAAGUCGACUUGUGUCGGGCGCUCAUCUUGGAGUCCAUCUAUUGGAACACAACAAAUACCAAAUUUGUGCCAGGACAAGGUGUGGUACUCUACCCUCAGAUUGGGGAUAAAUUGGACAUCGUGUGCCCCCGAGUGGAUGGUGGGGUGGGCGAGGGAGUGGAGUAUUACAAGGUGUACAUGGUGCCCAGGGAUCAGCUGGAGAGCUGCACCAUUACCAAGGCUGACACACCCCUCCUCAACUGCGUCAAGCCUGACCAGGACGUCAAGUUCACCCUCAAGUUUCAGGAGUUCAGCCCCAACCUGUGGGGCUUGGAGUUCUUCAGGGGGAAAGACUAUUACAUCAUCUCUACUUCAAAUGGCACGAUGGACGGCAUUGACAACCAGGAGGGGGGAGUAUGUAAGACCAAGUCCAUGAAGAUGAUCAUGAAAGUGGGACAAAAUCCUGCUGACCCUGUUUCAUCCAAAGACAACCCCACCAGGGUUCCCUACUCGCCUAAGCACCCGGACAGCAAAGAAACCCACAAGACUAAUGAAGUGCUAGAGAAGCCAGGUGCAGCGUCCAGAGAAAGCGAUGCAAACAACACAGGCGGGAAGUCGUCCAAUAUUAUUGGUUCCGGGGUGGCCAUCUUUGUCAGCAUCGCCUCAGGCAGUGUCAUCUUUAUCAUCAUCAUCAUCAUGCUGGUGCUACUGCUGCUCAAGUACCGGCGGCGUCACCGCAAGCACUCGCCACAGCAUGCAGCUACAUUGUCUCUUAGCACUCUGGCCACGCCUAAGCGCAGCGGCAGCGGUGGGAACAAUAAUGGCUCUGAGCCCAGCGACAUCAUCAUCCCGCUCAGGACUGCUGACAGUGUCUUUUGCCCCCACUACGAGAAGGUCAGCGGCGAUUACGGCCACCCGGUCUACAUAGUCCAAGAGAUGCCACCGCAGAGCCCUGCCAACAUCUACUACAAAGUCUGAAGAGGAACGUUUAAAAACAUGAGACAUACUGGACCAAUCCCAGGGUGGAAAGGGGCAGGUUGAUGGUUUCAGAUGGCACAGCCUCAAUGCCUGCGAACAAACUCCUUCACCCUUUCUCUGUCGUUCUGCCAACUCCUCUCCUGUCAUACCUUGUCAGUAAUAUUUUCAUUGUCAACAUUAGAUUAUACCUACUUCCUCUGGUAUGUUCACAUCGACUGGGAUUGGCAGAGGCCUGAGAAAUUGCUGCCGCUGCUGCUACUUUCUGGGGCUUUGGGGGAGAGGAGGAAGAACUUUUAGUAUCCUUACCCAAUGUUUUUCCCUCCUCUGGUUUGUGCACAUGUGGCUAGCACGUUAGGGAGCUUGAUAUGUGAGGUCAAGAGAGUUUACAAAGAUGCAAGUGUUCUUUUCUUUGACUGUGAUGGGAAGGACAGACGGCCGUACGGAUGUGAAAGAUUCCUUGUAAGAGAGGGGGGUUAUCUGACCUCAUCAUAGAAACUACUGCUUGGAAAAAUAUAAAAACGAGCUGGAAAGAGGCAAAGAUUUGAGCCCAGAGGAAAGGUAACAGAGAGGCGGUAGGCUGACCAUGAACUCACAAAGUGGCUGCCCUUCCUUGAUGUUCACAGGCUUGAAUGAAUAUUUGGAGUCCCCGGGUGAACAAGAAAAAGGGGAUAGAUUCUUGCACCAAUCCUCUCUGGGAUUAGCUUGACUGACUCACAGAUUUGACCCAGACACUCUGUCAGCCACACAUACGCCCACCCACGACCACGCACAUCCGUCAAUGCAAACUGUUUGGGUUUUUGUUGUGGAUUACACCAUUUGUCCUCAUUCUUAGCUAUUUUCUCACCAAAACCUCUUUUCAUGUUACUUGAAGGUUGUAUCCAGUAUGUAUCCCCAUCCUGUGUCAAAAUAUGUUGCAUUUGAUCACGUGCGGCUUUCAUAUCCUGGUGUAGCUGUGUCCACGUAGAAGUUCAGUUCAUCCUUUUGGAGCACAUAAUUUUGUACGUAACAUUCAAACACAAGUGGAGUACCAAGUGUGUUCAAGAUAGAGGACGGGGAGUGAGGAUGGUUGCGUGACCGGUCUGUUAAAAGACAUGCCUGGAGAGUGGAGGGCUUUGUAAACCAACAGCAGCAGUUUUAACCCUGUUUUGGUACCUGGACUCUUCAUAGCAGUCCAGAGAUAGACCGUGAUAAGGAGAGAAUGAAGAAAAGCUGUAUCCUGCUAGUGUUAAUAGUAGGGCCCGACUGAUUAAUUGGCCAACUGAUUUAACCAACCGAUAUUAGCCCUUUUAUAAUCGGCAGAUUUUUUCCAGAUAUUUUUUUUUUUUUUUUUUUUAACAUAUUAGCACAUUACAAACAUAGGACAAUAAGAAGAUAAUGAUAAAGAUAAUUCAAACUAACAUUAAAAAUUGUUUUUUCUCUCUGUUGCAAAGUUAAACAAAUACUAAAGUACAUAGUAUAGUCCACCCAUCCAUUUUCCAUACUGUUUAUCCUCACUGGGGUCUAACUCUGGGCGAGAUGCUGGCUACACCCUGUACCGGUCGCUCGCCAAUUGCAGUGCACAUAUAGACAAGCAACACUCGCAUUCACACUUUUGGCAAAUUUAGUCUUCAAUAAACCUACCAUGUAUGUUUUGGGGAUGUGGGAGGAGACCCACGCAGGCACUGGGAGAACAUGCAAACCCCACAGAGGCGAGGCCGGAUUUGAAUCUGUGUCCUCAGAACUGUGAGGCAGAUGUGCUAACCAUUUCCCACCAUGCCACUCGACAUAGUAUUGUAAAACAGUAAAAUGUUCUGCCUGUAAUUCAUAUAUUUAUUGUUUUAAGCGUUAAGGGACCACAAAAGCCUUUUUAAAAAUUCAUUAUAUACAUAUUUUUUUUAAUUGAUUAAUCGGUUAUCGUAAUUUUAUUCGGUCAAAUAUUGGAAUUGGCAUCAGCCUUAAAAAAAAAAAAAUCUGUAUCAGCCGGGCCUGAGUUAAUAGUAAGGACUCACCUCAGCUCCCCAAAACCUGAGCUUUAAGCAGGAAAUUGUUUAGGGCAAUAGGAAAUCCAAUUUGUAUUCGUGUCGUUUUUUUUUUUUUUUACAACAGGUGAAGAAAGUUCAAGAUUACAAUGAAAGUUAACAUAGCUGCGUGGAACAGCACUAGGUACUGUAAUGUUUACCCUAGACAUCUGAGGACAAGGCAUCUCGGGCCCAAAAAAAAAAAAAAAAAAGUAUGGCCAGUGCUCACAUAUUUCUUUAAAGCAGGGACCUACUCAUCCAUUGUCACUGGUUCUUCAUCUUCAUCAUCCUAAUUUCCAUGUCAUGUCAUGUCUUUCAAAUCAAAUUUUACAAAGUACAGUCACGAGUGAAAAGUUCGGACUCACUUUCCCGCGCUGCUGAUUGAGAAACUGUGUCCAAACACCUUUUGACUGGUUGUGUACAUCAUAAAAACUCACGUGAACAAUAUAAGUAUGAGAUUUCAGUCGUGAUAGACAUAUAGAGCACAGGCGUUUGGCAUGGCAAGAACUGAUAUGAAUAUAUUAUGGUAUACGUGCACAUUAUGCAACCUAAAUAUUUUAUCAUUUGAUAUGCUUCAAGUCCUGCAAUUUCACGCGAUCUCCAGGGGAAGCAGGGCCAGGUGAGGGAAUUGAGACCCUUGGCUCUUAUAGAGCCAGAGUAGCUUUGUCUCUCCAACUCACUUAGUGUAGCAUAUACUGUAUUUCAUCGACACCCAGUGCCCCUAAUUUCUUCACACACAUCCUUUGUGUCGUCUUUGCAUACGUGUGUGUACGUGACGGUUCAAGUUUAUAUUUCGGCCAAUUCACAAAUCUUCAGCUUAUGAUCACAUCUGUUUUUUUUUUUGGAGUUUAUAGCGCCCCAUCUUCUUCAUGAAUAUCAUCAAAUUUCACCGAAAAGCCAAGCCUAGUAUAAUGAGGUUUGUGCCUCUAAGAGGCUACAAAAUCAGCAAAUAUGCAAUUGUUAUUUAUUUUUUUAAUCAAUUCUGAUAUAAAGAAAAACACCUAUGGGAAGUGUUCUUAACCACUGAAAGAUAUUUCGAAUGACAUACAACAAAGUAUGUUAAACAAGCCUGCUGUUACUUUGAUUCCCUGCAUAUUGUUUCAACAAAUUUUUGUUUUGCUGUUGUGCAAAUGUUUAGUUGUGAAAAAUUGACCAGUUCAAAAUGUAUGACACCUGCACAGGUAUAUAAGAAAGGUGAAAAAAAACAACAACCACAUAAAUAGCAAGCUGUUUAGUUGCUGUGUAUCUGCAGCGGAAUAUGACAAUCUUAUUAGUUUCUUUGAAUCUGGCGUCCUUUUCUUAGCUGUCACUUGAAUAACACUCUCCUAACAUUGACCAGAUUUGGUUUGAAUGUGAUUAAAUGUUACAUAGAGAGGCAGUGAGAGUCUUAGCAAGUCGGUGAGGAAAAGCACAUCAUGUUCCUGUAAAAUGCCUUGCUUGUAUGCUCAGCCCUUGGUCACUUGACUCAGAAAUUUUGCACCACUCUUCUGUAGGUAAGAAACUGUAAAUACAUUAAUGUUUGUAUUGUAUAUGGAUCCUGGGUUGUUACAAUAGCCUUAUUCACCUUUUUAGGAAAUUCAAUAGAAAAAAGUUCAGAAAAAAAAUGGAAUACACCGGUAAAACAGAGCAUACUACUUUUUGGUAAAUAGCUUAUGUAAAUAUUGAUGAGAACACAAGAAAACAUUUUUAUAAACUCUUAAAGUAAAAAGUUUUGUAUAAAAUUUGAUUUUCUUUUUUUUUUUUGCUAUGUAUUUUAGCUAGCGCUCAAUGGAAAGUGUCCUCCCCACUCCCUUCCCUUUUGCACUGUUUCCAUAUUAAAUUGGUUUGAAAAAAACGAGCAAAAAUUUGCCAAACUGACUGCUGCAUAUUUGUGCCAUAAGUGUGUACCAUAAAUAUUUAUUGAAUUAGUUUUUGGUUUUGUUUUUUGGUUCCAUUUUUUUUAUUUUAUUUCAGUCCAGUUUGUCAGUAACACAGUAUUAUAUUUGAAUUGCUUUUUCUUUCUUUCAUCCUUGGUUUUCUAUUGUGCUGUCAUGGUUACUGGGUGGCUGUACACCUUUUCUCCUUUCCUGUCAAGAAUGAGUUGACAGGUUGUGAAAAACGGUUUUAACGUUCAAAAUCUGAAAAAAAAAAAAAAUCUAAGUGAGGAUAUAUGACACACAUUCCACCAGUCUUACAAAAUGCAAACUUUUUCAAUAAAAACGUUUUUCCUAUGGA